GAAAAGACGUAUUUUGAGCAACAGCGGGAGGAAUUGAUAGGCGAGAUUGCUAUGAGCUUUGAACACGUGCUGGCCAACAUCAACAAGCUGAACCGGUCACUCGAGGCCGUCAUUGCGGUGGGUAAUGAGUUCUCAUCCGUCGAAGCGCUGUGGUCGCAAUUCGAAAAUGUCAUAGCCAAAGACGAGCCCGAGGAG